AUGGAGUACAAACAACAACACUCCGUCUCAGACUCCCAAGUCAAGAUCCAGCCUCGCCUCAUCAUCCACGGCGGUGCGGGAAACAUUCUUCGCAGCAACUUUCCCGCCGACAAAUAUGCCGCCUACCGAUCCUCUCUUCUCUCAAUCGUCUCCAAAACGCGAGAUUACAUGAACUCACCCACACACAGCGAAAAGAACGCAAGCAAUCAUCACCCCUCUGCACUAGAAAUUGCCACCCAUGCCGUCGCCCAACUAGAAGACAACCCGCUCUUCAACAGCGGUCACGGCGCAGUCUUCACGCGCGACGGCAUCAACGAGCUAGAAGCCUCCGUAAUGGUCUCGCGGGGCUUCAAGAAGCGCGGCGUAGGCGUCAUGGGGCUGCGGAGAGUGCGCAAUCCGAUUCUUUUGGCGAGGAAGAUGCUUGAGCAUGGGGAGCGGGAUCUUGCGCCUGCGGGAUCUGGACAUACACAGCUUCAUGGCCAGACAGCAGAGCAAUUAGCACAAAUGUACGGCCUGGAAAUGGUCGACCCGAAAUACUUUUUCACGCAGCAGCGUUGGGACGAACAUGUCCGUGCGUUGGAGCGCGAACAAAAGGGUUUGAGCUCCGGGACCUGGCAUGCGGAGGAGUAUCUCCCACAAGGAACCUGCGGAGCAGUUGCUCUGGAUGCAGACGGCGUGAUUUGCGCUGCCACGAGCACAGGCGGUAUGACGAAUAAGCUGACUGGCCGAAUUGGCGACACGCCCGUCGUCGGGGCUGGAUUCUGGGCUGAGGAAUGGGAUGAAGAGGGAUUGGAGGGGCUUGUUGAGGGGGCGAGGCCUGGGGUGAGUUUUGUUGGGCCGUUGAAGGGGUUGCUUGCGGAUUGUUUCCCUACGCCGUGGAUGUAUUCGCCUGCUGGUCAGUUUGUGCCCUCAUCUUCGACACGAUCCAUGGGGUUUUCGGGGACGGGGAACGGAGAUUCGUUUCUGCGUGUCAAUGCUGUGCGUACAGUCGCUGCUAUUGCGCGAUACAAGCCUCUCGCUGGAAACAAGGCAUUGGCGAGAGUUGCUGGUCCGGGGGGCGAGUUGCAGAAGAGUGCUGGAGAUCGAUGGGGCCGGACGGGAGAGGGCGAAGGCGGGAUAAUUGGUAUCGAGUGCGUCUUGGAGCGGGAUGAAGAUGGUGGUGUUGUUGGUGUUAAGUCGGAAGUGCUGAUGGAGUAUAAUUGCGGUGGCAUGUAUAGGGCUUGGAUUGAUGAUGAUGGGGAGGCGGUGAUGAGUAUCUGGUCGAAUGGCUCUGCAGACGAGCUGUGA